UCCAUUCCAAAUAUUCCAUUGAACAGUUCCCUAUUUGGCUUUAUUUAAACUUUUUCUCUCUCGAAUUCCAACCUUUCCCUGUAGAAACCGCCAUUAAUAAAUCGUAUCCCUGCACCUCCUUUUCAUUAUGGGGAUAACUAAAACAGACCUCUAUCUUUCUCUCUCCAUGGAAAGGCCUCUGGUCCUCUGCGUCCUUAAAUACAUAAUUUCUACUUCCCACUAACUUUUCCUUCAAACUUAUCAUCCCAAAAAUAAAGAAAGUUUAGUUACUUCCUGCAUUUUUUCAUCUGACUGGUAGUCUCUGCAAUUUUUCAACCCUAGAGGAAGUCUACUAAAAAGUUUCCAAUUAAUUACCCUUAACAAACCUACACAAAUCAAUAAUCAUGAGGCACUCAUGAGAGAAUCACAACCCCUCCUUUUCGGUUCUAAUUAAAGGUAGCUCUACUUUCAAUGUUUUAGCCCAUUUGUGUUUCCGGAAUCCGCAUUAAUUCCUAUCAAACUUCUUCACAUUCCCUAGCUAGCUCUCUUAUACGAAUAAUUCUUACUCCUGUCAAGUAUUACCUAACCGAGUGUUUGGUUUUUGGGUAACUUAGACCUCAAUCGUCCUCAUGUUCUCAAGAUUGAACCCUAUAAUGACAACCGCAACAGAUUUGCCUGAUCUUUCUCUACAGAUCAGCCCACCAUCUGCCUUAAAUUGUGAAGCCAAGGAAGUAGGAUUUUAUGGAUUGCCAAGAAAUGCUUUUUAUAGUGAUGGGUGUUCAGCCACUGACUCUGGUAGCAGCGGAAGCGAUUUAAGCCAUGAAAAUGGCUUUUUUAAUCCACACAGGAGCACUUGUAAUCUUGGUCCUUGUGAACCCACGUUGAGUCUAGGGAUCGAAAUGGCUGAUUUAGCUCCUCCUCCCUCACUGCAACUACCAAGAAACCUUUAUCAUCGUCAGCCAUGUCAACCCCAAAUCUAUGGCCGUGAGUUCAAGAGGAAUGCAAGAAUGAUUAAUGGAGUGAAAAGAAGCAUUAGAGCUCCCAGAAUGAGAUGGACAACAUCUCUACAUGCCCAUUUUGUCCAUGCGGUCCAGCUUCUCGGAGGCCAUGAAAGAGCAACUCCAAAAUCUGUCUUAGAGUUGAUGAAUGUGAAAGAUCUAACCCUAGCUCACGUGAAGAGUCACUUGCAGAUGUAUAGAACAGUGAAGAGCACUGACAAAGCAUCAGGCCAAGGGCAGACAGAUACGAUUUUAAAUAAAAGGACAGGAGUUGUUGAUAGUGUCGAUGGAGGAUUAUCUUGUGAAAACACUGAUACCAUCCCUUCUUCUCUCGACCCAUUACUAGCAUCACCACAGCCAACACAACAAAAGUGCCAAAGAGUUUUUGAUGUUUCACUGAUUAAAUAUUACUUGAUCAGAGGGUCAGUGCCAUCAAUGGAGACAGACGAGAGGAGCAUAUCGGACAAGGGAAAUGCUUUGACAUGUUCUCAUUUCAAGGCUAGUAAUAGUAAGGCGGACGGACGCAAGGCAGCUCUCCAUGUGUCUGAUCAUAAUGCUGUGGAGAGAUUGGAUUCUAACUCCUCGGCACCUUCCGAGAAGUUUCUUAAUCUGGAGUUCACCCUUGGAAGACAAAGUUGGCAAAUGGACUAUACUGAAUCCUCUAAAGAGUUAACCCUUCUCAAGUGUUGAAAACAUCACUGCCUCCAUUAAUUGAUAUAAGUAAUGUUUUUCGCUUUUCAAUGUAAAGGAAUCAGUGUUUAAUUACCUUGCAUUGGCAAGUUUUGACUGCUGGUCUUUCGAAAAUUAA